CCAAAAUCAAGUGUACGUCUUUCCUAGAUUUAUAGCCACGACAGUGAUUCUGGUUCCCAUAACAUUAACCAUGUUUUGUUAGCCUUCGAUCUUUAUACUCUAAAAAUGCAAUUUUGAUUGGUUUAUGAGCGAAAACAAAUUCUUCGAGCACUACCAUGAUUGAAUAGUCUGAGACGAUAUAUCUCUUCACACUAAGUUUAUUUUUCCCUCGGUUGUAGCAGCACUAAUUUUACAGACAUGAAGCAUAUGGUAACCUGAAUUUAGAUUUCUUUUAUCCUUCUGUUUGGAGUGGGAUAUUUUUUUAUGGAAUUUCUGAGGACUCAAUAAAACAAGAAACAAGAAAAGGAAAUCCAAAUUUUAUGUUGCUUCUGAAAUUCUUUUGGUUUCUUGUUUCUUUAAUGUGUGAAAGUGUUGGACGUGACCUCCUGGAUUACUUAAUUUUUUCUAUAUGCAUAAAUCAUACCAGGGAUGAACACACUCUUUCUCUCUCUCAUGCAUCAAAUCCUUCAGGUUGUUGGAGACCGAAAGGGAGCUGUAUUUGGUGGCUUAGUUGAAGCACCCUUACAGGCAACGAACAAGAGAAGAUAUCAGGGAACCUAUAAUUCCUUUGUUUUCACGAAUACACCUGGCCAUCCUGUUAUAUUUCGUCCCACAGGUGUGAACUGCUAUUUCACUUUGUGCUUCACCAACUAUCUAGCAUUGGGUGGGGGUGGUCACUUUGCACUGUAUUUGGAUGGUGAUCUAUUGACUGGUUCAAGUUCGGCCUCAGAAACUUAUGGGAACCCUUGUUUGGCACACACUGAAGAUUUUGGAGUGAAGGAAAUUGAGUUAUGGGGCUUCGUAUACGCUUCAAAGUACGAAGAGAUGGUUUCUUUGUUACGGAUGGAGGCACCUGGGAUUUGGCGCUGGUAAAUAUUUUUCUAGCUUGAAGCAGACUGCAUUUCAUUUUGAUGAUCAGUCUCACCUUGUGAAUCUGUGAGUUUGGCUUUGAUAGUCAUGCUUGAUGCUGGUUUCCACCUAACAACUGAACAUAGAAGAAUUAUUGUACCUGUGUUUUGUUACCCUUGUACAGUCAUGUCCUACUUUGUCUAUACAGAGUGCUGUUUUGCAUUGGUCCCAGUCAUUUUG